AUGUCGCGCUGCUGCGGGAGCAGAGACCACGUAGAUGGCGUACAAGAAGGAGCCGCCCCCAGGCAUGCCGCGCAGCGGUUCGUGGAUGCAGUGAAGCAAUCCGUCCACCGAUUCAUCGAAGACGAGCGCAUAAUCAAGCUCGUCACUCUGUUGCUGCUCUACACCCCUGUCAUAUACUUCGCGGCGACUGCCUUCGGUUGGUACACGACCUAUCACGGGCCGGGUGUGCCCACCGUCAUCUAUAUUAUCGCAGCUUUAGCCCUGAUAUGCUUCCACGCGGUUUCGUGCAUGAACCCUGGCAUCAUCCCCAAGAUGGCUGACAGUAGCGACGCGUACGACGCCAUCCGGAUGAAGCGCAAGUACUCCUACGCGCCGCCAUGCAUAGAGGUCGCCAUCGCCGGUAAGUUCCUGAGGGUGAAGUACUGCCACACGUGCAACAUAUACCGCCCCCCACGGAGCGUGCACUGCAACGUGUGCGAUGUAUGCGUCCACAGGUUCGACCAUCACUGCAAGUGGCUGCGAAACUGCAUCGGUGGCAACAACUACAGGGUUUUUUACUUAUUCAUCACCUGCACGUGCUUGGAGAACAUCCUCUUCGCUGCGUUCUCUAUACUACGUAUCGUGAUGGUCAGCACGAACUAUUGGGACACGGCAGCCAUAAUUCACAGCGCCGUGUUGCUCAGCUACAUGCUUUUGUGCGGAUGGUUCAUCGUCGGCCUCACGGCAUACCACACGUACAUCAUUGGCAUGAACAAGACGACGAACGAGCAGCUCAAGGCGCUUUAUACAGAGUACAACCCGUGGAACCGAGGCAUCAUGCGCAACAUAGCGGAUACCAUGUUCAGCCGUGCCAAGAUGCAGCUGCUCUGCAACGCAACCCUAAAGGCGCGGCCAAUUUACGACCCAGGGAGGAGCGUUCCAAUACACCUCACCAAAGGUCCACUCGUGGGCGAUCAGACAUUAAAGGGCAGGAGGCCCGCAUUUGACGUCACCUCCGAGGAACCGUGGGAAAGGACUGACCACGACGACUCCGAGAACGGUCAGACGGAUGAGGCAGAAAGUUGCCCUCAGCCGGAAGUGGUAGAGGAUUUGGUCGUUGGAGCCGUCGUGGACGAUGCCCACGUCCACGAUGAAAGCUGUACAAAUGUGGACGACGUGUAA